GGACCGCGCGGGCGGGAGGCCGGAAGUGGCGGGGCCGCCAUGGCGGCGCCCGGAGCGCCCGGGCCCGGCCCGGCCGCCGCCCCCGCCACGGUGCUGAUGGCGGCCCGGGCCGAGCUGGCCGCGCCCUGCCGCCUGCUGCCCGCCGCCGCCGCCGGCGCCGCGCUCCGCCUGCAGCUCAGCGUGCAACCGGGAGCCGACGGGCGGCGCCGCUUCCGCCUGGCGCUGCGGCGGGCGGAGGCGGGGGGCGGCGCGCCCCUGGCAGAGUGUGACCUGCGGGACGUGUCCUACCGCGUGUGCGGCCCCGCCAGCCACGAGCUGCAGCUGCCAGCGCUGGGGACAGCAGGGACAGCACCAGGGACAGCACCGGGGACAGCAGGGCCACCAUCAGGGCCACCAUCCGGGCCAGCACUGGGGCCAGCACUGGGGCAGGAGGCGGUGGCGCUGCGGUUCCCCGAGGAGCGCGAGGCCCAGCAGUGGUGGACGGUGCUGAGCAGCUCCCUCAGGGAGGCACGGAGAGCCACCGAGGGUGACACGGGGACAUCUCUGGUGCCACCCUCGGGGACAUCUCUGGUGCCACCCGCCGAGGGUCCCGAGCAGGACGCGGAGGAGGCGCAGGUCCUGGAGCUGGCCCAGACAGAGGAGCUGGCCCUGCGGCUGGCCGAGGCGGUGGCCUUUGGGGACGAGGCGGUGGCAGCGCAGAGCGCGGUGGCGCUGGCCCGGCGGCAGGCGGAGCUGAGCGUGUGCCUGCGCCACAGGGACCCGCCCGGGGCUCACGUCAGCCUGGCAGUGGGGGUGGAGGACGCCACGUCCUCGGCCAGCAUCACCCUGAGGGUGCAGCCCCACGUCACCAUCGGCACCCUCAAGGAGCAGGACCUCCCCAGGAUCUCCUCGGGAUCUCCUAGUACAUCCCCAGGAUCUCCCUGGGAUCUCCCAGGAUUUCUCCAGGUGUUCCGCGAGUACGGCUUUCCCCCCGCGGCGCAGCGCUGGAUCAUCGGGCAGAGCCUGUGCCGGGACGGGCGCAGCCUGGCCUCCUACGGCAUCCGCCGCGACGGCGACCCCGCCUUCCUCUUCCUCCUCUCGGCCCGCCCGCCGCCCGAACCGGCACCGGAACCGGCACCGGGAGCGGCACCGGCCCCGGGAGCGGCCCCGGGCCCCGAGCAGCAGCGGCAGCGGCAGGCGCAGGAGCUGCUGCGCGCCGCGGGGCUGCGCGGGGACGGGGACGGGGACGGCACACCUGGGGCAGGCCGUGUCCCCGAGGAGCCCCCGGAGCGGAUGGACAUCGGGGACAUCCGGGAUCACCUGGACUCGCUGCAGCUCUGGGACAGCGCGGGGACCCCGCCCGCGGCCUCUGAGCCCCGCCCGCCCUCACCUGAGCAGGGCUGGCCGUGCCCGCAGUGCACGUUCCUGAACAAGCCCACCCGCCCGGGCUGUGAGAUGUGCAGCGCCCCCCGGCCCGAGGGGUACCGCGUGCCCGGGGGGCACCGGCCCGACCCCGCCGAGCUGCGGCGGCUGCAGAGGGAGCGCGACAGCACCCGCCAGUGCCAGCAGGCUCUGGAAGCCGAGCGGCAGCAGAACCUGGCGCAGCUGCUGCGGGCGGAGCAGGCGGGGCUGGUGCCCAACCCGGAGCCGCUCGAGUGCCAGAUCUGCCUGCAGGAGGUGCCCGCGGGCCGGGCCGUGCUGCUGCGCGACUGCCUGCACAGCUUCUGCCGGGAGUGCCUGCGGCAGGUGAUCAACUUCAGCGAGGAGCCGGUGGUGGCCUGUCCCUUCCGCGAUGUCACCUACGCCUGUGGCAGCCACCUGCAGGAGCGCGAGAUCCGCGCGCUGCUGUCCCCCGAGGAGCACGCGCGGUUCCUGGCGCGGGGGCUGGCGCUGGCCGAGCGCCGCAGCCGGAACAGUUUCCACUGCCGGGGCCGGGACUGCCCGGGCUGGUGCUUCUACGAGGACGCGGUGAACGAGUUCCCGUGCCCGGUCUGCGGGGCGCUCAACUGCCUCCUGUGCAAGGCCAUCCACGAGGGCCAGAACUGCCGGCAGUACCAGGACGAGCUGCAGCUGCGGGCGCUGCACGACGCGGCCGCUCGGCAGACGCGGGACAUGCUGCAGACGCUGGUGCAGCGGGGGGAGGCCAUGCACUGCCCCACGUGCCGCAUCGUGGUGCAGAAGAAGGACGGGUGCGACUGGAUCCGCUGCACCGUGUGCCAGACCGAGAUCUGCUGGGUCACCAAGGGACCGCGCUGGGGACCCGCGGUGAGGGGGGGUCCGGGGGGUCCUGGGGGGGUCCCGGGGGGUUUGGGGUGA